AUGUUAUUUUCUGCACCAACUACUCAGGUAAGAUUACCUUCUAUAAGUGAGCUUACUGCUCGUUCUCCAAUAAAUGAUAUGCAAUCACCAAGAUUACGAAAUGAUUCUAGAGUAUUGCCAACUCUUUCUGCAUCGUCUUUCAGAUAUCCAUUAAAAGCCACUACUCCAUCAAACUAUGUAUUAGGAAAUGGUUCAGUACAGAAAUUACCUUCUCCUACCUUACCACCACCAUCAGCCCCAGUUCAAUCACCACAAUCUCAAUUAAUAUCACCACCACAACCCGUUCAACCAUACCGUCAUUCAUCUGCUGGUUCUAGUCCAUCUACUCAUUAUCAAUAUUAUCAAUAUCAAUCUCCAAUAAUUCCACAAGCUUCUCAACAAUCACCAUCAGUUGCUCCUCAAGUUCAUCAUCAACAAGUACAACAACAACCAGCACCACCACAGCAGCAAGUACAACAACCUCACGGUGUAUCUGUUGUGCCUGUCCAAGGCCAAGCUCAAUAUUAUUCACAACCUGUCUAUUAUCAAGCUGCGCCAAUGUCAAUGAACCCACAAUAUGCUGUUCCAGAAGUUAUUAACAAACCAACCAAUAAAUGUCAUAGAUGUGGUACAACCGAGACGCCAGAAUGGAGAAGAGGCCCAAAGGGUGUUCGUACUCUUUGUAAUGCUUGUGGAUUAUUCCAUGCUAAAUUGGUUAAAAGAAAGGGUGCUGCAUUAGCUGCUGAAGAAGUUUUAAACAAUAAGGUAUGUAAAGGUAAGAAUGGUAGAAGAAUUAGCAUUAAGAAACAUUUAUUGAAUGAAAGUUUAAAGAAUUCUAAUACCAUUAAAGGAGGUGAUUAUCAUCAACAUCAAGUUCAAACAAUUAUGGCUAGUCCACAAAAUUCGGCUUAUCCAGGUAAUCAACCCCAACCACCUCAAUCAACUGCAUUAGUUGCUACAAACUCUUUACCAUUACCACCACCAAUCUCCAGUCAUUAUCCCCCACACUUUGCUUCUACUCAAUUGACACAUCAUAUUGAAUCCAAUUCAAAUUAUCCUACUCAUAUUUCUAUGCCUUUAAUUCGUCAUUAG